AUGAGCAACGGGAUCUGUGGAAACGGCAACGGCGAUGGGUAUUACAGUGCGGAUUGCACAGAUCCAACGCUGCAAGAUCCUGCAUGUCAAAAUCACUGUGGGGGCCUCGUGGGCUCGCAGAUUACUUAUAACUCAACUUCUGGCCUUUGGGCCUGCUGCACUUACAACGGUGGAACGCCUGAUUGUUCCGAACCGAGCGAUGAGCUUUUUGCCGCCCCUGGCCCAUCCAGUCUCAAAACCGUCUUGCAUCUCCCUACAACCGGAUCCGUCACGUAUUCUACCCCAACAGCGACCGCAACAUCUAUCGGAAACGCGCACACAUCUUCAGCGUCAUCUUCAGCGUCACCUUCAUCGCCGUCUUCAUCGCCAUCCUCGAGUAUUGGUCCAGGGGCUGCCGCCGGAAUUGGAGUGGGUGCUGGUGCUGGUUUAAUCCUUAUCGCCGCAGUGGUCGCGUUUGUCAUCUUCAAGCGGCGACGACCGAUGAAAACAGAUACGGCGAUGUCAGCUGAUGCUGGAUUCCAUCAGAGCCUUGAACCGCACGAGUUAGAUAAUAAGUCGAUGAUGCCCGAGAUGGAUAACGGGCUCGCCUUGUCCGAAUUACCCUCCAACUCCUUAAGGGGUCCGGGAUCCCACCCCUAUGUAUCAUAA